GUAUUUUCUAUUAACUUCUUGGAAAAUAUAUCUGAUGCCAGAAAUCAUCAACUUUCCUGACCACAUGUAGAGCACCUUAUCAUUAAGAUCUUGCACAUUUAUUCUUCCAGAUUGAUUGCACCAAAUUUUUAGCAAAAUCAGCCUAAAACAGAACUGUAAAAUUUCCAUGGAGAAAACAAUGAGACGUGCUAUAUCCUUUGUACUCAUCCUGUUUCUGUUCUUUGCUGCUGCUUCUGCAUCCACAGCGAAAAAUUCUCAGCUUGAAAAAGAUUUUUCCAAACAUAUUGUGCUAAUUCAUGGGUCUUGUUUUGGAGCAUGGUCUUGGUACAAAAUAGUGCCAUUACUAAAAUCAGCAGGACAUAUGGUCACUGUGAUUGAUUUAGCUGCCUCUGGGAUCAACCUUUUGCACGCUACAGAUGUUCGAUCCUUCUCUGAUUACACUCAUCCAUUUAUGGAUUUCAUGGAAUCCAUUCCCCCACAUAAGAGGGUGAUACUGGUUGGUCAUAGUUCUGGUGGGGCUGUCAUAUCCCAGGCAAUGGAAAAUUUUCCAGAGAAGGUGUCCGUGGGUGUAUUUCUGACUGCAGGAAUGCCUGGUCCAUCCCUCAAUUAUUCAGUUAUUGCUAAAAAGGCGAUGAGUAGAGUGGCUCAUGCACUGGACAACAAAUUUACAUAUGAUAAUGGUCCUAACAAUCCUCCAACAACCUUUGUAUUUGGGCCCAAGUUUCUAUCACAAGUAGUAUUACAAUAUAGUCCAGCAGAGGAUGCAGCUCUUGCAACAAUAUUGGUGAGACCUAGACCGGUGGUCAGUAUAGAAGGUUUGAUCUUUACGAAAGAAAAAUAUGGAUCAGUGAGUAGAGUUCUCAUUAUUUCGGAGGAAGACAAGAUUGUGACAGAAGACGCUGUGAAGUUGAUGAUUAUGAAAAACCCUCCAAACAAGAUCUUUACAGUAAAAAGUUCGGAUCACAUGGUUAUGCUAUCUCAACCCACACAACUUUUCGCUUAUUUACUUAGUAUUGCACACGAAUUCUCCUGAUUGUUUGCUUCUUCAGAAUCAGCAAAGUUCCAAGGUUGCUGAUAAAAGUCUUCUCAGUUAUAGUGUUAUACCUUAUACUCUGUCAGAAAAUAUGUCAAAGUUUCUUUGCAAUAAUCAACUAUCUGUAAAAUUAAAUUCAUCACCCAUACAUGAAUUUUUUUUAGGUACAGUUGACCUGUUUUGUUUAUAAUUGUAUUCAAUAUAUGAACCAAUGAUCUUCCAUUAUUCCAUUUCAAUCGAAAUACAUUUUUCUUUA